AUCAAACCCAAAAGUACACACCCCUUAUUAGUUUCUCUGCUCUCUCUCUCUCUCUGGAUCUUUUUCCUCUCCACCAUCUGAGUUCUGACGGUCCCUCAGUGUACCAUACGAUACAACUCAAUUCACCUCUGCUGGCAUGGCCCAGUGUCAGGUCACUGCUUUGCUUUUCUAACCUCCCCCCGCUCCCCCUCCCAGUCUUCUUCACUCUCUUACUUCACCUCUGAUUCUCUGAACAAAUCGUAUCUCUCUCUCUCUCUGUUCCCUCAACCGCAGCGACACGCCUAUAAUAGUUUGAAACAGUGUUUUUUUUACGAUCGAAGUUGCGAUGGAUGGGCUUUAGAGGGUACGAAUGGAAAUGGGUUCGAGCUCUCUGGCCGACUCGGGAGGCUCGUCGUCUGCUUCUCCACCCAUCUCGUCCUCCGAAUCUCUCAACGGCUUGAAAUUCGGGCAGAAAAUCUAUUUUGAGGAUGCUGGUCCUGGGGCUCCGACCAAACAGAGUGGUGCGACCGGGUCCUCGUCUUCCGGGUCUAGCCCGCCGAAGAAGGUGAGGGGUGGUGGUGUGCUGCAGGGGGUUCAGCCACCUCGGUGUCAAGUCGAAGGGUGUAAGGCAGAUCUGAGCGACUCUAAGGCUUACUAUUCCAGGCACAAAGUCUGUGGCAUGCAUUCGAAGUCACCUAAGGUCAUUGUUGCCGGCCUCGAGCAGAGGUUUUGUCAGCAGUGCAGCAGAUUUCAUCGGCUUCCUGAAUUUGACCAAGGAAAGAGAAGUUGUCGUAGGCGCCUUGCUGGGCAUAAUGAACGAAGGAGAAAGCCCCCACCUGGAUCAUCAUUGUCCUUGCGCUAUGGCCGACUUUCCUCAUCUAUCUUUGGCAACAGCGGUAGAGGAGGUUUUCUGAUGGACUUCACUGCAUAUCCAAGGCUUACUGGGAGGGAUGCAUGGCUAACUACUAGAUCGUCUGAGCAGGUACCUGGAAAUCAAACUACCACUUCGCCAGGGAAGUCUCUGCCACAUCCAUGGCAAAGAGACACUGAAAACCCUCCAUCUGACCUUUAUCUGCAAGGUUCAGCAAGGGAGGUCUGUUAUCCUGGUCCUAGAAUUGGUCCAGGAGAAUGCUUCACAGGAGUCUUUGACUCAAGCUGUGCUCUCUCUCUUCUGUCAAAUCAAACAUGGGUCUCCAGAAGCCAAACAUCAGGUCUUGGAGUGAAGGACUUGAAUGCCGAAAGGGCACCUAUGGCUCAACCAACAGCUCCUCACGGUACAGUUGUCAAUCAGUUUUCAAGCAGCUCAUGGGAUUUGAAGGGCAAUGAGGCUGGUGGCAGUUCACACGAGAUGCCCCCUGAUACAGGUUUAAACCAUAUUUCUCAGCCUCUCAAUGGUCAGUUUGCUGGUGAGCUUGAGCCCUCUCAACAGAGGAGGCAAUACAUGGAAAUCGAGCACUCCAGGGCUUAUGACUCCUCCCCUCAGCAUUUGCACUGGUCACUUUGACUGCCCGAUUUGUGCUCUGGUUCGUAUGGACAUCUUAUCCACUAAAUACUUUUGAAUGUUUGGCAGGUGAUCAUGUCUUUUUGUUGGGAUAAACCCUAUGUUACUCUUGGUCUGUGGUGUUUAAAAUUUCUAAAACCGAGAAGCAAGGUGUUCAGUUUUCACUACCUUGUUCGCAUCUUGCUACUUCACUUUUGGAAUCAUCUGAUAAUGUUUGGUGUUGUA